AUGAUCAAUAAUAUCAGAAAAGAUCGGAAGUCUGUCUUCAAGGAGGUCGGGCUCGGCGAGAACCCCAUCGAGGGUGACACCGCAUAUCACGAGAAGCGGCACUCCGAGAGGGAGUUCGGGGAACUCACUGGACUAGCUCCAAUCGACACGAGCGCCCACAGGAGAGAGCCGACUGCUGCAGAAAGGACCGGCGGUGACUCUUCACCACAAGACGAGAAGGGCUCGCCUCAGUCGCCUACGUCGGCGACAUCAGGCAAGCAGCCGUGGUAUGUCAAGCUAGCGACGGCAAGGAGGCCAAAACGGUUCACGAUGCUCGCCCUGCUCAUCGCUGUCGUGCUACCCGGGUUCAGCUGGAUCAACGGCAGGGAAAAGAUUGGCGCAGACGCAGGUGUCAUAAGAAAGCGAGACAACAGCCCGACAGAUGUUUGCACAAGAUGGGCUCAUCAAAACAAUGACUUCUUGACACUAGACCUCACGAAGAACUGGGGCACAAGUUCACCUGCGCUGAAAGGCUUACCCAGGCCAGAUGGUCCACCUGCUGUCUCGCUCGGUUAUCUAUGGAACGACUACAACAACUUGUUCCUCUAUGGCGGCGAGUACGCCGACAAUCCAUUCACCGAGCCAGGCCCCUCCUCAACUUGGCGGUAUUCGAUCAGCUCUGGCAAUUGGACCGAAUUCACCAACCCGCAGACGUCUGCUGGAAAUGCUUCCGACGGAGGUAGCCAGCCCGUGCAAAGAGCUGCCGAGGGCGCCGGUCUCUCCGUACCGGAGCUUGGGCAAAGCUGGUAUUUCGGCGGACACCUGGAUCUUUCGACAACACAAGGCUGGAGCAAUCAGAUUGCAAGAGUCUACCUCAAGAGCUUGCUCGAAUUCACUCAUCCGGGUUAUACCAACGACGGAGUGUACUCUCUUGCUUCGGGAAGCGGCGCACCCGAGAGUGGCGUCUACAGGAACAUUACACAAGGUGGCCUCCAGACCGAGACCGUCUUCAGCGAGCGAGCCGAUGGUGUGCUGGUAUUCGUUCCGGGAUGGGGAAAAUCAGGCGUGUUAAUUGGUUUUGGCGGCGGCUCUGAGCCGAACAAUUUUGUGGACGAUAUGUCGACUCUUGAUGUCUAUGACAUUGCAAGCUCGGUGUGGUACCACCAGAAGACGACCGGCACCGCUCCAGGAAAGCGAGUCAAUCCCUGCGCCGUGGUUGCCUCCGCCCCUGAUGCAUCGAGCUUCCAAAUAUAUCUGUUUGGUGGUCAGAAUUUACAACCAUAUAAAGAGCAAACUCAAUAUGAUGACAUGUAUAUCCUCUCUAUUCCGGCGUUUACAUGGGUUGGCCCUAUACAGCAAAAUUCCGACAACAAGCCAGCUGCUCGCGCCGGGCACACGUGCAAUCUUCGUGACGGCCAGAUGGUGGUUGUUGGAGGCUAUGUUGGCACUGAAAUUCCCUGCGACAGUCCAGGUAUUUAUGUGUUCAACGCAUCCAGUCUCGAGUGGACCAGCUCUUUUAAAGCCUUGGCACCCAAAGCCGACUACUCACCUGAAAAUUCCGUUCUAGGAGCCAGCUAUGGAUAUACUGUCCCGGAGGAGGUCGUCUCCGUGAUAGGCGGCGGACCGAGUGGAAGCGCAACAGUAACUGCGCCAUCACAGUCUCCGACCGGCGGUCCUUUCGCAACGGGCAAGCCGCCCGUGUUCACGAUCACUGCGUCUGGUGCUACGGCAACUGUCACAGCUCCGGGAGCGACCAACAAUGUUGGGAGUGGUGGUGGUGGUGGUGGAGGAAGUGGAGACGGAGGCGGAGGGGGCACCGAAGAUACGACGUCCGGCUCCGACGAGCCUAGUGCUGGACUGAUAGCCGCCGCCGUGAUCGCUUCUCUCGCCGGUGUGCUCGCCGGCUAUCUAGGCUACUGCGCCUGGCUCUACCGACGCCAGGUGCGCGCGUACAAGACACAUCUGGCCGUCGCGAACCGGUACAGCACAGCGGGCGCAUCGCACGGCUCGUUCGGCCCGCUUGGCGCGCUGUUCGGGCGCAAGGGCUCCAAGGAGUCGCGCAACGGCGAGAAGCGCGGCGCCGCGGCCAAGCAGCCGCUCUACGGCGACGAGAAGCGCGGCUGGUUCGGGCACAGCCACAACGACAGCUCGAGCACGGCCGACUCGUUCACGUGGGUGGGCCGCGAGCAGCUCGACCACCUCAAGCCGUGGAGCAGUGACGAGCCGACGCCCGGCACGGAGGCCAGCAGCUCCGGGACGCGGCCGAGCCCGUACCGCAGCAGCGACGAUCGCAGAGGCACGUACGGCUUCGCUGGUGCGGCGGCGGCGGCCGGCGGGCGCACGCGGCCGAGGCGGAGCUAUAGUCCCAGUGGAGGCAGCACGAGCUCGACGGAGGGCCUGCUCGAUGGCCAGGAGCUGAGCUUCUUCAGCGUGGUGAUGGGCCCGCGGAGGGCGCUGAGGGUUGUGAAUGGCCUCGAAGACGGGGAGCACGGAGAGCAUGCGGAGCAUGAGCAAAACUGA